CCUUUUCUUACAAACCUCCUUCCUCGAAAAGUUUGCACACUUUGAAUACUUUCGUUCAUUUACUAAACGUUGUUUGAAUUGUCACUCUUUACUUCAUUAAAAUGCAUCUUUCAAAUAGAUUCAUACUGACACUGAGUGUAAUCACCUAUGUUUCAGCUGCUGGUAUCCUCUGUAAUUCAAGUUCAAGUUGUCCAGAGGAUUUACCGUGUUGCUCACAAUAUGGUGAAUGUGGUGUGGGAAGCUAUUGUUUAGGAGGUUGUCAUCCAGUAUUUUCAUAUUCAAUCGAUUCAUGUAUGCCUAUGCCAGUUUGCAAGAACCUCACAACCAGUUUUAGUGAUAUAGAUGAUUUAAUUAACCAAGAAGAUUAUCUUGGAGAUGCCUCUGAUGGUGAUUGGAUCUAUAAUGGUUAUAUUGACAAAUUUGAUGAUUCUUUAUUAUUGGCCAUGCCUAAUCAAUCAUCUGGUACCGUUUUAUCUUCAACACAUUAUGUUUGGUAUGGUAAAAUUUCAGCUCAUUUGAAGACUUCACAUUUACAAGGUGUUAUUACAGCUUUCAUUUUAUUUUCAAAUGCUCAAGACGAAAUUGAUUACGAAUUUAUUGGGUCAGAGCUUGACUUAGUCGAAUCCAAUUAUUAUUACCAAGCAGUUUUGAACUAUACAAAUGUUAAAAACACUACUGUUUCAAAUACUUAUGAAAACUUUCACACUUAUGAAAUUGACUGGACACCUGAAGAGUUGACGUGGUCAAUUGACGGUAACGCUUUUAGAACUUUAAAGAAGGCAGAUACUUAUAAUGAAAGUACAGAAUCAUAUCAUUACCCACAAACACCAUCAAGAGUUCAAAUUUCAUUAUGGCCAGGUGGUGAUUCUAAAAAUAAAAUAGGUACAGUUGCUUGGGCUGGUGGUGCUAUUGAUUGGAAUUCAGAUGAUAUUAAAGAUAAUGGUUAUUAUUACAUGCUUUUGAAGAAUAUCAGCGUUGAGUGUUAUGUGCCGCCAUCAUCAAUUCAUAUCGAAGGUGACCAAUCUUAUGUGUUCAACAACUCAAAGAGUUUUGACCAGGAUGACAUUAUCAUCACAGAUGAGGACACAGUGUUGGGGUCCAAAAAAGCCACAGGUCUCGAUCCAGAUGAAGGGAAGGAAUCUUCAAGUGCGUCAUCUAGCUCCUCAUCAUCCACUGACCAAUCUACAAAAACCAAAUCCUCAUCUGGUGGUAAAUCAACAGGUUCUUCAGAAAAUACUACCAAGAAAGAUGGUGGUGACAAGGGAGGAUCAAGUUCAACUUCUGCAGCCACUGGAUUUGUUCAGUUUGGGGAAUCCACUUCCGCAAGUGGUGGGAAAGACGCUAGCUCCUCGAAUGGUGGUAUAAUGAGCCUUCCAGAGAAUUCAAUAAUAUCAAUAGUAGUUUCAUUUUUAAUGUUCUUCACUGCCUUGUGAAUGUCUCAGGGC